AUGACAUCAGCCUUAAAAGCCAUUCAAUUAUACACCUGGCCUACACCAAACGGAUUCAAAAUCUCUACCUUCUUAGAAGCAUUAAACCUCAAAUAUGACGUCCACCCAAUCAACAUCACUACCGGUAUCCAAAAGGAAGACCCCUUCGUCACCUUAAACCCAAACGGACGUAUCCCUACUAUUGUUGAUCCAAACACCAACAUCACCAUUUCUCAAACCGGGGCUAUUUUACAAUAUCUUGCUGAAACUUAUGAUAAAGAACGCAAAUUCAGUUAUGAACAAGGUACACCGGAAUAUUGGAAACAAAUUGAAUAUUUGACUUUUCAAGUGGCAGAAAAUGGACCUAUUCAGGGUCAGGCUCAUCAUUUUGUUUUAUAUGCUCCUGAAAAGAUUGAAUAUGGGGUUAAAAGAUAUGUAAAUGAUACUAAGCGUAUUUAUGGGGUUUUUGAAGAGAUCUUGAGAAGAAAUAAGGAGAAUGGGUUGUAUCUUGUCGGAAAUCAUUACUCGAUUGUUGAUUUUGCCUUGGUUGGUUGGGCUAGCCGUUUGGAGAGAUUGGAAAUUGAUGUUCAUGAUUGGCCAUUGCUCGGGCAAUGGUUUGAUAACUUUUCGAAUGAGCCUUAUGUUCAAAAGGGAUUUCAAGUUCCAAAGAUUUAG